CAAAAGGACACCAUAGAAAUAUUUCUAUCAGUCGUAAUAAUGGCUCGCUACGGUGAUCGCGAUCGGAAGAGGAGACGCUCCCGAUCACGCUCUCGCUCCCGCUCUCCUCAUUGCUACCAUCAUGCAGCAUCCUCUCUCUCUACAUCUCGUCACCAACGUCGUCAAUCCCCGUUUAAACCCGUCAUCUCCAGCCAUCGAGAGACGGAAUCUUCAGUAUCCGUUCCUCUUCCUGCUCUUGAGCACCGCGAGGAGCUUCUACAAGCUCUAAAAGACCACCAAGUCGUUGUCUGUGUAGGCGAAACAGGAUCCGGUAAAACUACGCAGCUUCCGCAAUUCUUACACGCCUGUGGGGCGUAUACCAGCUCAAAACGUGAUGGUGAUGAGAUAUCCCAGUGUAUCGCCAUUACUCAGCCUAGGCGAGUUGCUACAGUCUCCGUGGCCCAAAGAGUGGCUGAGGAGAUGAAUACGAGAGUCGGAGGCGACGGACCCGUAGGCUAUUCCAUCAGAUUCGAGUCUCGCUGCAGUGACAACACGAAACUCAAGUUCCUGACAGAUGGAGUGCUUGUUCGCGAAUGCUUGAGCGACCCGUUACUCAAAAAAUACAGCGUCGUGAUGCUGGACGAAGCUCAUGAACGCAGCAUCCACACCGAUCUAUUAUUUGGGCUAUUAAAGCAAGUAUUGGAUAGAAGACCUGGAUUCCGAGUGCUUAUCACGUCAGCCACGUUGGAUGCUGAAAGAUUCGCAAAAUAUUUUGGAAAACCAAGUGAAAAGAAGAGCAAGAAGGUGAAGCCAUGUCCUAUUGUAAAAAUUCCCGGACGAGUGUUCCCCGUGGAUAUUUUCCAUUCCAAGCAGCGACAGAUCAUGGGACACAGAGGUCCUUUAUCCACCUAUGUGCGUGCUGCAGUCGAGACGACGAUGCAGGUUCAUAACAGUGAGGAGCCAGGUCAUAUCCUGGUGUUUCUUACCGGUCAACGUGAAAUUGAAGACGCGUGUGCUCAAAUUCGAGCGCUAUACAAAGACCAAGAGAAACGAAGCGAUGGAUUGGACCUACGAGUGCUGCCGUUAUACGGAGCAUUACAAGGCUCAAGACAGCGCGAAAUAUUCGACUCAGUUCCUAUAGACCGUGUUCGUAAAGUUAUUAUCGCUACGAAUAUUGCCGAGACUUCGCUAACUAUUGACGGAGUUCGAUACGUCGUGGACUGUGGCUUCACGAAGCAAAAAGUGUACAACCCGGUGCAACAGAUGGAGUCGCUCGUAAUUGUACCGAUCUCCAAGGUGUCAGCGCAACAACGUGCUGGUCGAGCGGGUCGUACGGUGCCUGGGAAGUGCUAUCGACUGUACAAUAAGACGUCGUACGAGGAGAUGGCUCAAGAGACUGUACCUGAAAUCCAGCGGACGAAUCUAGCCAACACAGUGUUGUAUCUUAAACUGCUCGGUAUCCAGGAUGUGAUCGGCUUUCCGUACUUAGAUCCACCUGACGAAGACUCAUUGUUAGAUGCUUUAAAGCAGCUAUAUGUGCUUGGAGCGUUGUCUGAUACUGGAGAGGCCACUGCUCUUGGUAAGCUUAUGGCAGCGUUUCCGUUAGAGCCCAAGCUCUCUCGUGCGUUAGUGGAGUCUUUACUACUGGAUUGUAGUCAUGAAAUGACUCAAAUAGUUGCGAUGCUGUCAGUGGAGAAUGUUUUUAUCGAAAUUCAUAGAAAGCGAAAGGAUCACGAUGAACGAGAGAGUGAAGAUUGGGAACAAAGAAUGUUAGCGUUGAAAGAAGACGGACUUCUACAUGAAGACGGAGACCAGCUCACUUAUCGACUAUUACUCCGAGCUUUCGAGUCCAAAAGUCGAAAAAUUCAUGACCGUCGUGCUCUUGAACGUUGGUGCGAAGAUCGGUAUCUUCGCUUUCGUGCACUAACGAUGGCUGGAUCGAUCGUCAAGCAGCUUCGAGAUAUCAUCGACACGCUAUCUCGACGUGAUCUUGAUGCUGUUAUGAAGAACAAUAACAGACGAGAUCUCUCGUUGGAUGAUCGUCUUCGUCAAGCACUUUGUGCGGGGUUUUUCAUGAACGCAGCACGUCGAUGUACGAUGGAGACGGUGUAUCGUUUAUUGUACAGUGAUGGGAAGGCUCAGCUGGUACAGUUCCACCCACUCUCAGCCAUGUGUUACUCUGCUCCACCGGAAUUUUGUGUGUAUCAAGAGCUUGUCGUUACCAGUAAACCAUUCAUGCGUGGUGCAUUGGCUGUCGAACGUCGGUGGCUGGAUUACUUUGGUAAUGAUAAGCUGAACGUCUCGAAUUCACAGCUCUACGCUCUGUGUGGACGCAAAGCUCCAGUCGAGGCGAAAGUUCAAGAAGAAUUGAUGGAUACAAGUCAAGUCAACUUAGUUGAUGCUUCAAAGCCAGUUACUGUGACUGCAGAUGCCGUCGCUGCAGCCCGCGCUCGCUUCCUGGAACGCAAAAAGCGCUCAUAAUCUGUACAAGGUGCUGAUGGCUUCGUUGGGAUUAUUUGGUAGUCUAGCGGAUACUCACCUGGAUCUUGUCAAUCAAGCGCUUCAACUCUUCGUUCUCACUCUUCAAUUCUUCGUUUUCGCUCGUGAACGCUCUCUCCAACUCGUAGCUGACGGCCAUGAACUCUUCGUAGUUCUGGUGGGUGGUCUGUAGCUCCUCGGUUUUGGCCUUCAGCUCCGCUCGUAACAUUUCCACCUCAUCUGUGGUUGUUUCACUGGUUGCGUACUUGUCGUUGUCUUCAACUGGAUUUGCGUGAUUGCCUUCGUCCUUUCCACUUCUCUCUACUCCAGUGCAUCUUUCCUUCACUGGAAGCCCCACUGCAGUUAACAGACGGUCCAUGGCGUUCUCAUACUUCUCCAAUUCGGAGCUUAACUCGCGGGUUUUGUAGUCUGAUUGCAGCUUCAAUGUCUCGAUCUCCUGCGCCGCAAAGACAACUUCUUCUUCGGCUCGCUCGAGCUUAUGCUUCAAGGUCUCUUCUGUCGCUUCCAGUCGACGUACAGACGAUUGCAAGUCGUCGUUUUCUUGCUCUAGACGCUGAACGUGCUCACGAAGUUGCUGGUUCUCCAUGUUUAUAGCUUUUCACUUUUUCAUUUUAAACAAGACAGGCGAAAUAUACAUAUUUGAUAAAAAAAAUAAUAAA